GACCUCAUAAAAUGUAUACUUUUCUAAUGGGCGCGGAUUUUUCAACUCUGGUGAUUGCCAGACAACCCUUGAGACCUUGUACACCUGCCAGAGUAGCAGUGACGAUUGAUCAAGAGGAAUGCCCAUCGAUCCCGAAUAUGAGAGAGAGUACUCGCCAAGUGCUUGGAGCAAACGAUAUGGAAACAUGGAAGUUCAGGUGAAAUUCCUGCAACUAGCUCACAAAGUAACUAGUGAAAUCCGAAAAAAAAUUCCAUGUCAAUUGGACAUUCCAUAUGGAUCGAGUGAUCGGACGAAAUACGAUAUCUAUGGAACUGAUUUACCGAACGACGCCCCAGUGUUUGUAUUUAUUCACGGAGGAUAUUGGCAGGAAUGCAGCAAAGAAUUUGCGGGAUUCGGAAUAUCUGCACUCGUUGCGGAAGGAAUAAAAGUUAUUAAUGUUGGCUAUGACCUGUGCCCAAGUGUAAAAUUAUCGGAUAUCGUCGCACAAAUAAAGAUCGUCACUGAGGAGAUUCUGAAACUGUGCAAAAAAAAUGGAGCUAAAAGCGUCUGGAUAGGUGGACACAGUGCAGGAGCUCAUUUAGCAGCGAGUCUUCUUCAUGACGUCGAGUGGCGAGCUCUGAUGUCAGAACGCAAUUUAUUUCAGUCACUGAAAGGUCUAGUCCUAAUCGGUGGAAUCUACACUCUUCGACCGCUUCUGAAAACCAGUUUCAAUGGUCCCCUGCAACUAACCGAGGAGGAAAUUGAAAAAUUCAGCUUCAAUGAAGUGGAUGUGACAAAAUUGCCACCUGUUGAGGGACUAAAAAUCAUCGUAGCUGUGGGAGAAUGUGAUGCCCCGAAAUUCAUAGAGGAAUCGAGACGCUAUACUCAGCAACUUUUAAAGUUCGUGGAUCGAGUGGAGUACAUUUUAUUACGAAGCAACGUCGAUCAUUUUGACAUCGUCGAGAAUCUACCGGAUCCCCACUUUCUUUUAACAAAGUCCAUAAUACAAAAUAUUCAACAAUAAACGUCAAAUGUUAAAUUAUAAAGGCCAAUGGAUAGAAAAUAUCUGAUAUUUUUUAAAUGUUUCACUCAUAAAUAAAAUAAAUGUACAAAGGAAAUAA